AUGCCUGCUAUUGUAGUUAGUCCUUAUGUUUACGGCGAUUCGAACGAGGUGUUUAUCAGUCGCUGGCUUGGUCCGUGCAACUUCUCCUCCGUUUCCUGGUCCAGUUCUAACUGUACCGCUGUCGAUGCUGAAAGAUUUGGAGGAUUUUCAGCCGGUGUUCCAGAGAGCAGUUCGAUUUGUGGGAACUUCGAUCCAGUGAAGAGAAACGCUACGCGGCUCAUUGAUCUUCUGAAAGCCCUGUGUGAGACCAGUGUGAUCAGCAACUGUACCGUGAUUCUAGAACACCUGCCGCUCUUCAGCGACUUCAUCGAGUCAGUUUUGUGCAAGUUUCCAGCAAAAACGUUCGUCAAGGUUUGGUUUAACAAUCGAGGAUGGAUUUCUUUACCGGCUUACAUGAACGCCCUGUACAACGCGAUGCUCCGACAUCAUUUACCUUCAAACGCGAAUCCUCUCGAUUACGGCAUAACGCUCAUUAAUCAUCCUUUGAAUUUAACGGCUGCUCAGAAGCUACAGUCAUCAUCGAGGAUGCCCGUGAUCGACAUGAUGAAGCCAAUGGUGUUUCUGCUGUCGAUGACGGCAGUGGCUUCGACUUUCGUCGUGUUUGAAGUGGAAGAAAAGAUGUCAGGCGCCAAAGCAAUGCAGCUGAUCGCUGGCGUCAAUCCAUGUCUUUACGUCACCGUAAACAUUUUGUGGGAUUUGGUAGAGAAGCGUAUUUCGUUUAUUUUCUGUAGCAUGCUUGCCAUGACGGUGAUCGCCCAUCUCUGUUCAACUUUUAUUCAGAUUCCGAGCAUGGGGGCAAUCAAAUUCAUGGUGGCGAACUAUUUUGCUGGGGCGAUUGGCGUUUUUGUCACCUUCCUUUUCAUGAACCUGUCCUUGCAAUUUCCGGUCUACAGGAAGCACUGGUACAAUUCGAAAAAUCUGGUGACAGCUGUCAAUAAGCUGAGCUUUGACGUUUAUGCAGGAGAGUGUUUUGGUUUUCUUGGAGUCAAUGGGGCAGGCAAAACCAGCACCUUCAGCAUGCUCACUGGGAAGAGCAGUAUAACCAGUGGGAAGGCGUUCAUUUACAAUCAAAGUUUGGCACUGGAGAUAGAGACGAUGACCGGCAUCCGUUCAGCUGAAGCAUCAGUGUACGCAGCGGACUGGAAGUACCAUACUGAUAAUCGUAGUAGCAACCUGCGCCGCUGGCUUGCUGUAGUUGUUGACGACCUGAUAAAGCUUCUGCACCUUGAGCCGUUUGCUGAUCGAUUAAGCUGCAAAUACUCCGGUGGCAAUAAGCGCAAACUGUCGACGGCGAUUGCGCUCUGCGGAAUGCCUCAACUUAUUUUCCUCGAUGAACCAAGUACGGGUAUGGACCCUGCGUCUAAGCGUUUGUUGUGGAACUGCCUGCUGAAACUCGUGAAAUCUGGGCGGUCACUGAUGCUGACGUCGCAUAGCAUGGAAGAAUGCGAAGCGUUGUGCAGUCGAGUUGGCAUAAUGGUAAAAGGACGACUGCAGUGUACAGGAACGAUUCAAGAAUUGAAAAGCAGGUACGGUUCAGGCUAUUCGAUGUCGAUUCGCCUGAAGAGAGGUCAUGAGGAUCAACAGCAAGCAUUGACGGCUCACUUUCGAUCACGUUUCGACGAUAUUCGUGUAACGGAUCGUUUUGCGAACGUCGUCAAGUAUCGCCUGCCUUCGGAACAGAACAGCCUCUCAGACAUUCUCGACUGUAUCUUGAACGCAUACGAUAAUUUCCCGGUCGAAAACUAUUCCCUGUCGCAGACGUCGCUGGACGAUGUAUUCAUCAACUUCGCCCAAAUAACCAGCUAA